AUGGCGAAUUGGAUCUCCUCCAAACUUAAAGCAGCUGAGAGCAUUCUCCACCAGCUCGAUCAACAAGCGGCUGAAUCGCUUCGCAAGAACGAGGGUUUUCGAUCCGAGGAACCGAGCAUUGAUGCUCCCGCGAAAUCAGGGAGCAAUGUGUCUCUGAAGGAUCAAUUAAAGAAGAAACCCUUCGAGAGCAGUGAUUAUCGUGGAAAAUUGCGCAGUGAUCCCAAUUUUAAUGGUCUUAAAGCUACAGCAAGUGCACCCAAACUCUCUCCCAAAUCUGGACCUACCCUAACAGAUGAUGAUUGGACUGAACUCCUUAGUGCACCUACACCUACUCAGGCUAAGGUUUCUGCUUCUGGGAGCAAUCAUGGUAAUGGGUUACCUGUACCUCGUGGUUUGAGCAAAAAUAGUAGUAGGAAGCAAAAGGGUUUGUCUUCAGGUUCUUUGGUGUCGGAUGUGAAGAGGAAUGCAAGAAGUGGCAACAGUGGUCCGAGGUCCUUCCAGAAGUCGGACUAUGUGAAAGAAGUUAAAUUGAGUGGAAAAGCCAGUGAUGAUGGAAAGGAGUCUACCUCUUCGACUUCAACAGGUAGGAAUUCCACAGUUGAAUCAGAGAUUGAUGGUAAAUGGGGUAAAGAGCCUGGGUAUUCCGACAUGGACAAUUCUGAGAAGUUCGUGGUAGAGGAAAAGGGAAAUGAAGAAAAUGAGCAUCGGUAUAACUACAGGGACAUUUCUCCACCAGAAUCGUUGCAGGAAGACCAUCAAACUUUGGCUGCCGAAACAAUACCAGCAUUACGGAUUGACAAGGUGCAAGAACCUAAGAUUGUGGUAGAUGUUGACGGCAGUCAAUCAAGAAGUGCGAUUAAAAAGAGGCAUGCGCUUAAUUCAAUCUCGGGGAAUUCAAUAUCUGAUGAUUUGAAAACGGGUUCACCCAUGGCUAGUGAUGGAAGUUCUGAUUCAGAUUCUGAUUCCGGUUCAACAUCUGAUUCUGAAAGUGAACAUGAGAGGGAGGAAAGGAGAAAGAGGAAGGAAAGAAUUAUGGUUGAAAAAGCAGCAGCUAAAGCAAUAAAUGCUAUCAAGGAACGGGAGAAUAUGGUGGCCAAAUUAGAGGGGGAGAAAGAGAGUCUAGAGAAAAUACUCGAGGAGCGAGCUAAACAACAAGCAGUAGAGGCUUCACAGCUUCAGAGUACUACGAUGGAAACAAUGGACGCUGUUGAGUUAGAAAAGCAGAAGCAUAAUAAUACUAGAAUGGAAGUUCUUGCACGAUUAGCUAAACUGGAGACUGCCAAUGCUGAUCUUGCAAGAUCCCUUGCGUCUGUGCAGUGGAACCUUGAGAUUGAGGUUAAACAAGUAGCGGAACUUAGACAGCAAGUCUCGUCAAAGGAGUUGCUUCAUGAAGAGCUCAGAAGGAGAAUGAAGAAUCCCAGUCAAACUGGAACAUCACAAAAUCAAUUAGCUUCGAAAGGUGUGGAGUUUGAACGGGAAAUUCUUGAGGCAGAGCUCUCUUUAAUUAAUGACAAAGUUACUCAAUUGGGGGUAAAGGCAAGAAAGCUGGAAUCUGACAUUGAAAUAACAAGGAAAGAGAUGGAAGAGCCAACAGAAGUUGAAGUUGAGCUCAAACAAAGGCUUCGGCAAAUGACUGACCAUUUAAUACAGAAACAAGCAAAGGUGGAAUCACUCUCUUCUGAGAAGGCUAGUAUUGUAUUCAGAAUUGAGACUGUGUCAAGGUUGCUGGAUGAGAACAUGUCAGCAUCAGGUGCAACAAAUAUGAAUCCUGCUUCUUCAUCAAGUGACUUAGAAUCAGGAUUAUGGGAGCUCUCCAAUUCAAAGUUGAAGCCUAUGCUAAAAGCCAGAAUUCAUUCUGGCAAGAGACAGCUUGGAUCGUUGCUUCAACAACUAGAUUAUAUUUUUGUGACUGGUGCACUCUUUCUAAAAAGGAACACAACCGCAAAAUGGUGGGCUUUGAUAUAUCUUCUUUGCCUUCAUUUCUGGGUGUUUUACAUUCUUUUGUCACAUUCUAGCCCAUCAAACGAGGGUAGAUCUGGUGCCCAGAUCUCAUUGGAGAACAUUAAUAACACUGGAGUAUGA